AUGGCCGCUCCAAGCCGGGACGCAUAUCAGAUAGGUUGGAUAUGUGCCUUACCGAUUGAGGCGGCUGCAGCCAAGCAGAUGCUUGAUGAGCAUUUUGGGACCCUAGACGAGCAAGACAGCGCAGAUACGAAUUCAUAUACCUUAGGCCGGGUUGGCAGACAUUAUGUCGUGAUUGCCUGCCUUCCGCUAGGACAGUAUGGUACCACUUCCGCCACGGCAGUUGCGACGAACAUGGCUCGCACGUUUUCCCGGUCGCUGCGCAUUGGGCUAAUGGUCGGCAUCGGAGGAGGGAUUCCAUCUGCCGACCACGAUGUACGACUGGGAGACAUCGUGGUUAGCCGGCCAGACGGCACUUGCGGCGGGGUACUUCAAUAUGACAUGGGAAAAGUCGUUGAAGGCGGCGAACUCCGACGGACUGGCUCUCUGAAUAGUCCACCCCGCUCACUAUUAACUGCAGUUGCGAACAUGAAAAAAGAUGCGAUCAGUGAUGAUCCGAGCUAUCCCGAAUACAUCAGAGAGGCGAUCCAAAGAAAUGCACGGACAAAGCAAAAUUUUGGUCGGCCUGAUGCGUCCACGGACCGACUAUUUCAAACUGGGCGCGACCAUCCUAUGACGGAAGCAACAUGCGAGGCAUGCCCAUCGGAAUGGGAAGAAACAAGGACGGCUCGUGAAGAAACCGACCCUCAAAUACAUUACGGUAUCAUCGCGUCGGGAAACGCGGUUAUGAAACAUGGAGCGACAAGACAACGGCUCCGUCGAGAGACUGGCGCAUUGUGUUUUGAAAUGGAGGCGGCCGGUCUCAUGCAGGAUUUUCCUUGCAUCGUCAUCCGGGGGAUCUGUGAUUACGCCGAUUCACACAAGAACAAGCAAUGGCAAGGAUAUGCGGCAUUGGCCGCAGCAUCGUAUGCAAAAGAGUUAAUCGGCUAUGUACCUGUCGGUCGAGUGUCUGAAGAGAAAUUAGUCACAAAGAUAUGCAGAGUCGUCGAUGGACUCAAGGAGGUACACAAGAGCAUUGAAAAAACGCGUCUCCAACAACAAAGCCACCACCGGGAGAAUAUGUUAAACCUUUUGAGUAGAGACCAACAAGAGUGCCACCAAGCGUUUAAAACCUCCACUUAUGAACAAUAUAAAAACAUCAAUCCUAACCGUGCAGAUGGGACCUGUCGGUGGAUUCUUGAGAAUUCCGACUACCUUGCUUGGCAGGGGAGCGGCCACGACGAUCUUUUAUGGAUAUCGGCUGACCCUGGAUGUGGAAAAUCGGUUCUUGCGAAAUCACUUGUUGACAUUGAUCUUAAGACAUCGUCAACUUUAGUAUCCGUUUGCUACUUUUUCUUUAAGGAUAAUGACGAGCAGAAUAAUCUCGCAACAGCAUUGUGUGCUGUACUCCAUCAGCUAUUUGGAAUGCAACCGAGUCUCCUACAACAUGCCCUACCAUCCUGGCAAAAGAACGGCACGAAGAUACAGCAAGAAGUGGACGAGCUUUGGCGCAUUCUCCUCGCAGCAGUAUCGGAUUCUGCAUCUUCCAACAUUCUGUGCGUUUUCGACGCACUGGAUGAAUGUCGGCCAACUGAUCGGGCUCAACUAAUAGGGAGGCUAGAAAAGUUCUAUACUCAAAGUCAUUCCUCAACCCGACAAAACUGGCUAAAGUUUCUCGUUACCAGUCGUCCAUACGCUGAGAUUCAGGACGGUUUUUGGCCAUUAACGAAAUCGUUCCCUCAUAUCCAUAUCCGUGGGGAAGACGGCAAUGACCAGAUUCGUGAAGAAAUCAGUCUGGUUGUGAGGAUGCGGGUAGCGGAGCUCAGCGAGUGUCUGUACUUGCCACCGGAGACACAGCAACGACUGGAACAGCAACUUCUCCAGAUGGAACAUCGCACGUAUCUUUGGCUCUAUUUGGCCAUGGAUGAUAUUCGUACCAUGUUCCAAAAUAGCCUUCAGCCCGAGGAAGAAUCGAUUGACCUGAUCCCGGGUUCGGUCAGUGACGCAUAUGCUAAAAUCUUAAAUCGAGUGCCACCUGAUAAAGUAUCGGAUGUUAAGAUAAUCCUCCAGAUUAUUGUCGGCGCACGACGUCCACUGACAAUUGAGGAAAUGGCAAUGGCCCUGGGGAUAGCAAAGUCAUUCGGUUCGCGAACUGCAGCCAAAGCUGGAUUGAACCCGGCAGGGCUUGACAAGAAGAUCCGUCACUUAUGUGGACUCUUUGUUUUUAUCAAAACUUCACGUGUCUACUUGAUCCAUCAGACUGCGAGAGAGUUUCUGAUGAGCAAAAACUCGCGAUAUAACGAUCGAGAGUGGUCCUUUAAACAGGGUGACACGGAGCAAUUAAUGUCAGAGAUCUGUAUUAAUUAUUUAUUACUGGAUGAUAUAGGCGGCAAUCCGCGCCAUAAGAACGGGAAAGUCCAAAGUUUGCUAAACUAUUCCGCAGAGUAUUGGCCUGACCAUGUUCGAAUGAUGCCGUCACAGGCAGAGUUGAAAGUGGAAAAUCAGCUAGCUCGACUCUAUGAUGUCACCUAUGGCAGGCUAUAG